CGUUGGAUUCAACCUCGGAGCCCUGAAAAAUGGCUGAAACCAGACGGCGGCCUUUGCUGGAGCUGAAGGAAGAGGCUUUGGCAUUGUCCAGGGCGAGGCGCUUGAAGGUUGGCAAAGGAUCACCCGACAGCGCACUACAAGUAGCCUCACGAAGAACAUUAUCUCCUGACAAGGAGCCUGAAGCAGACGAGAAUCUCGCUGCUCCCUCGAAGGACAUUUACAUAGAGGCCAAAGAGUUGCAACGUGCACAUCGCGUGUUGACAGCCUCUGACUCAGAGUCCAAGCCUUUUGGAGGAUUCUGGCAUACACCAUCGCCAUGCCGCAAACGCGCCAUGUGUCCGGUGUGUGGUGCGAGCACAACACCCAGAGGUUCGGAUGGGACGCUGGAUGAGCCGUCAACUGAGAAAGACCUUGGGAUCCAGGUGGAAAUCUUGGAGGACCUGCUAGCCCAGAGCCGCCCAGUUGCUUCAGAGGCGAAACGGCUGCAACAUCAGCUUGCGAGCACUGAAGCUCGCCUGGCAGAUACACAGGCAGCUUUGGAUCUAGCCAUGGGUCUUUGCCAAGAGCUUCAUUCUGCGAUGGAGCUUCAGACUGCCGACUUCCAGCGCUUCGUGGAAGACCUACGGCGAGCAUGUGGAGCUUGGAUGGAGCAGCGCCAGCAGCUGGAGGUGGAGUUGGACACCAUGGUCAAGCUAUGUCUUCCAGGCAACAAGCAAAUAGCUGACCUGCACGAGGAGCUUCACUCAGCCCGCCAGAAGCUCCAGGUCUCCCGAAAGCGUGGGUCGCGCAGAGCAAGCACAAGAAGUCAUCACGCCACAAUCCAGGCCUUGCAGGCACAACUUCAAGACGCCCAGACACAGGGUGGGCACACCACACGUGAAGCCUUGUUGGAGUUGCAAGAACGUCUGCACAGGAAGAACGACGAGUUGCUGGCAGUGGAGGCCAAGAACGCACAGUUAGAAGCUCAGAAGGCGCACGCCGAAGAUCAGGUGCUGACGCUCCAGGCAGACCUGGAACAAGCUCAACAAGGCGUCGCGGAGGCCAAAAGGGAGGUGAAAUCUUCCAGGGCUGCAACACGUGCGAAACGUGCACAAGAAGUUCCACAAGGCCUGGUUGUGCGCUCAUUGGACAUGCUAUCCAAGGGCGAGGUGGUUUGGAAACUAUGCGCAGCCAAUGGAAAAUGGCAGGAACGAUUUAUGGCCGUCACGCCAGGACCGCCCGCAGCACCGGAGAGUCUCAAAUGGUCCAAAGAUGCGGGCAGGCGAAAGUUACGACGCCCAAGCUCUGUGGGCCUCCAAGAGAUCGUGCAUGUGGGCUUCGGUGCUGAAGCCUUGCCGGCACGCCACAAAGCACAGGUGACUAAACCCUGGUGCUGCUUUUCCGUGUGGACAGCACAGCGGUCAUUUCAUUUCAAGGCAGAGAGUGAGCUGAUUGCAGAGAACUUUGUUUUGGGACUGUCUCGGCUGUGUCCCGGGACAAAGCCUACUCCGGUGCGCGAUGUGGUGCUGCAUCGUGCCCUAGGCAAGAUGGGGCCUGAUGCCAAGUCCAGGGCUGCAGCUUUGUCGAAAGCUUUACGGGCCGCCAGCGCCAGCGCCAGCGCCGCACAGGGCCUAGGUGAACCUGAUCGAGUGACCCACGGAGAGGAGGAGGAGGAGGUGCACUUUGCCAGAUUGGGGACAGCUUUGUCCGAGGCACUCGACGAGGGGUCAGUUGCCAUCGGUGGUUCAGUCGGUGCACUUUGCCAGCGGGUUCCGGGACCGACAAACGCGUUUCGGAGAGGCGGAGUGGGAAGACAGUUUUUCACCGAUGUCGUCCAACAGCAGAGAGGGAAAGAGUUGAGUGGUAAUUACCACAAUACAGGACAUAUCAGGCAAUAAUGGCCAUUUGCACGUGUGUGUUUUUCUUUGAAGGUUUCCCUGCCUCCCUGCCGUCAUUUUUCAAUCUGGGCGAAAUCGCUUCAGGUCGCUGAGGGUGGUGAAGAAGAGGAGGUGGAAUCUGAGUUGGCAACGGAUGAUGAGCUGAAUUCAGCCACAAAGAUUGGCUCAGGACCAAAAUGGAGUGCCGAGCAUGGGCCUUUGCUUUCGGGUUCAUUGAAUAAGUACUUGAAGUGGGAGGGCAUUUUGUUACUUUUGUUGACAUGUUUAUUUAUGCAUUUGUGUGUGUACAGCAAGUUUGAAGGGUUGAUGCUUCGGAUACCUAGGCUUUUGCUUUUAUUUGUCUACGUGGUUGACCGACUCUGGCUUAAUUGACUUGGGGGAGAUGGCCUGUGGACACGUA